CUAAGCAGAUACCCCCACACACAUCAACGCAUCAAGUAUACGGGUAAGACCUGUCACCUACCCACCUAAACACCAGCCACCUAAGACUGGUCUAUGGACUUUAAACGGAUGAAAAAAACAGAGCGCAAAGAAAGGACGAGCCUAUUGUUUUCAUGCUAAGGGGGCCAAGUAAGCCGAUCAUUUAAAACCCGUUUGACGCGCAGAGAGAGUUCUGGUAUUUUGCUGAGGGAGAGACAGAGGAACGCAUUCGUAACAGUCGCAAAGGAGAAGGAAAAAAACCCAGUAAUUGUUUAGCACGUUAUCUGGAAAGGGGAUUGCUGGCGAGCAACGAGGUUGUGAAGAAAGCUUUCUUUCACACCUCGCCAUGGUGUUCAAAGUUUUUGCUGUGACAUUAUGUGUCACAUUCCUGCACGUGACUACAGGUGCAGCCUUUGUGACCCCUGAACCUGAGGCUCCCACUAUGACUUCUAAUGUCCGGCCCCUGGGUGAGUUGAUCCAUGCAGUGCUGCUGAGUAAGGAGUAUCUUGGCCAAUCCUCUGGCAGCUUAGGCACAACCACCAAUCCAACCCAGGCUGUCCCAUCCAUCCAUCCUACCUCCACAGUGACGUCACCAGGUGUUCUCACCACUGCUGUGACCUCAUCAACUGCCCCCCAGGUUAGCCAUUUGAGAGGAAGGGGCAGUGUUACAUCACCACCAGCUGAGGAGGAGACCACAACAACACUCAUCACCACUACAACAAUAACUACAGUCCACACACCAGUGCAGUGUAAUGCUAGUCUGUCUGGGAUGGAGGGGAUAGUGGAAUCUCCAGACCCACUGUCUUCAUCAACCCCAUUUUCACCACUGGAGUGUACCUACAGCAUCACUGUGUACCCUGGAUACGGAGUGGAAAUACAGGUGAAGAAGGUGAACUUGUCCAAGGAGGAGUCUCUCGCCAUCUUAGGGCUGGGAGGACCAGUGCCCGAACUCUUAGCCAAUGAGACAAUGAUGAGCGAAGGUCAGGUGAUUCGAAGCUCAACCAAUCAGGUGCAGAUUAACUACCGGAGCUUGAAGCAGACCAAUCAUGGGAUUUUCAGCCUUCACUAUCAAGCAUUCCUCCUUUCCUGCUCAUUCCCUCUUUCUCCUGAGGGGGGUGGAGUGACUGUUACAGACAUUCAUCCGGGUGGGCAGGCUCACUUCCACUGCGACCCUGGCUUCCAGGUCAGAGGCCAUGAGGUUGCCACUUGUCUGAACUCCACCCGACCUCGAUGGAGUACACCUGAGCCUCGGUGUGUGGCUGUAUCCUGUGGCGGAUGGAUCAGAAAUGCGACUGUGGGUCGUAUCCUUUCCCCCACUGUCCCCUCCACCAGUAACCUGAGCAGUGGCAGUAACCUGAGCUGCCAUUGGCUACUGGAAGCCAAGGACGGCCACAGACUCCACCUCCACUUUGAGAGAGUGGCUCUCGAUGAAGACAACGAUAAACUGAUUGUCCGCAGUGGGAAUAACUCCAAUGCUCCCCUUCUCUUUGACUCGGAUCUGGAUGAUGUACCGGAGCGUGGGAUCGUGAGUGAGGGAUCAUCACUCUAUCUGGAGCUAACAGCCGACUCCUCCUCCAUCCCGCUACUGCUUGCACUUCGCUAUGAGGCUUUCGAUGGCGAGCACUGUUAUGAACCCUACGUGCCUCAUGGGAAUUUCAGCAGCAGUGACAUCGCCUUUCCUCUCGGCACAACAGUAACUUUCUCCUGCUCUCCUGGCUUUGUUAUGGAGCAGGGGUCAGGGGUCAUGGAGUGUGUUGACCCCAGUGACCCCCACUGGAAUGAGAGUGAGCCUGUGUGCAGAGCUCUAUGUGGGGGGGAGUUGACCGACGCAACCGGAACAGUGCUGUCACCUGAUUGGCCAGGGAGCUACUCCAAGGGGCAGGACUGUGUGUGGCAGAUCCAUGUCAGUGAGGACAAGCGCAUAGAGCUAGAUGUGCAGAUUUUGAACAUCCGUCAUAACGACAUUCUCACUAUAUUUGAUGGGCAUGAUCUCACGUCCCAUGUGAUUGGCCAGUAUCUGGGGUCACGGGAAAGGUUUCGGGUCGUGUCUGGUGGUUCUGAGGUCACUAUUCAGUUUCAGAGUGAUCCUGAUGACUCCACCUUCAUUAUGAGUCAAGGCUUCCUGAUACAUUAUCGAGAGGUGGAGCCUAAUGACACAUGCACUGCACUCCCACCAAUCGAAUUUGGCUGGAGUAGCUCUUCUCAUCCCUCUCUUGUGAGGGGCAGUGUGCUAACCUAUCAGUGUCAACCUGGCUAUGACAUUGUGGGUUCAGACAUCAUCACCUGCCAGUGGGAUCUGUCUUGGAGCAACAACCCACCUAUUUGUGUGAAAAGCUUUGACCGUCCUACAGUACAGCAGUGUCCUGAUCCAGGAGAGGUAGUGAACGGAGCACGUUCAGUUCACCCAGAGCUCAGCUUCACCGUUGGAACAGUGGUGCACUUCACCUGUAAUCAAGGCUACCAGCUAGAAGGCCCCAGUCAAAUCUCCUGCUAUGGCAGAGACACUGGCAUGCCUAAAUGGAGCGACCGCAGUCCUAAAUGUGUCUUGAAGUAUGAUCCAUGCCCAAAUCCUGGUGUGCCAGACAAUGGUUACCAGACUCUUUAUAAACACAGUUACCAAGCAGGGGAGACGCUGCGCUUUUUCUGUUACGAGGGCUAUGAGCUCGUUGGAGAGGUUAUCAUCAACUGUGUCCCAGGGCACCCCUCCCAGUGGAAUAGCCCACCACCUUUCUGCAAAGUGGCCUAUGAGGAGCUGCUGGAAGACCAUAGACUGGAAGUCUCCCAGUCAUUAGAGGCCUCCCACCAAAUGCUGAGUGAGAACAUUGCAUUGGCCAUCAUCUUGCCAAUCAUUCUGGUGAUUCUUCUGAUUGGUGGAAUCUACAUGUACUACACUAAUGUGUGUAGGUUGCAGUGGAAGCCCUUGUUUUGGAAAUCCCUUUCACACACUCACUCCUACAGUCCUAUUACAGUGGAGUCGGACUUCAACAAUCCUCUGUAUGAAGCAGGGGACACAAGGGAGUAUGAGGUGUCCAUCUGAAGCCGAUGUCGUGUGAUGAAAGAUUCUAAAUCAAAGACGGAACGAAGGAAAACAAACAAAGGGAUGAUAUUAUUUCUCUCCACAAGUCAACUUUAUUUCUCUGACCUUUCUCUUUCAGUCUCUUUUCAAUCUCAGUGCUCUUUGCUGACUCAUUUACCAGUGAAUGUGUGUGUGUGUGCGUGUGUGUGUGUGUGUGUGUGUGUGCGUGCGUGUGUGUGCGUGUGUGUGUGUGUGUG